AUGGCUAAAUCUGCGCCAGAAAAGCCAAAGUACGAGUUUGGCGGGCCAUUAGGUGCCACUGCCAUCGUUUUUGGUCUGCCAGCUCUGCUGUAUGCCUUCUUCUUCACUUGCAAUGACAUGACUGGCUGUCCUGCACCCGCACUAUUAAGCCCGCAAACGCUCUCAUGGGAGGUGCUCAAAUCCCAGGUUCCGUGGCCGGAAAAUGGCCUCGCCGGCUUCGCAAGCUGGAAAGCAACCGGCUGGAUGCUGGCCUACUAUCUUCUCAGCCUGCUCCUCUACCGCAUGCUCCCGGCCACCGAGGUAUACGGCACCAAGUUGAGAGAGUCGGGUCGACCCCUGAAAUAUCGGUUCAACGCAUUCUCAUCUACGGUGGUGCAACUAGCCGCAUGUGCCGCGGGGACCUACAUUUACGGCGCAGACUUUGCCGUCUGGACUUUUAUCGACAGCAACUACCUGCAGCUACUGACGGCCAGCAUCAUGCUUGCGUACGCCAUCUCGGCUUUUGUGUACAUUAAAAGCUUUGCCGUCAAGCCUGGCAACAAGCACCUGCGAGAACUAGCUCGAGGGGGGCGCACUGGAAGCGUCAUCUACGACUUCUACAUUGGUCGCGAACUGAACCCCCGCGUCACCCUCCCCUUCUUUGGCGAGAUUGACUUAAAGGCGUGGCUUGAAAUGCGGCCCGGCCUGACGGGAUGGGCUCUUCUCGACCUUGCCUUUGUCGCGAAGCAGUACCGCAACUACGGAUCCCUUUCCAACAGCAUUCUGUUCAUCACAGCGGUGCAGAUGUACUAUGUCCUUGAGGGGCAAUAUGCCGAGACGGGCCUGCUCGGGAUGAUGGACAUUACCACGGAUGGGCUGGGGUUCAUGCUCACGUUUGGAGACAUCGCCUGGGUGCCCUUCUUGUACUCGACGCAAUGCCGGUACCUGUCCAUGCACCCCGUCGACCUGGGCGCGGCGGGAAUCGCAGCAAUCGGCGCCGCCUUUGCCAUUGGCCUGUUCAUCUUCCGCGCGGCCAACAACCAAAAGGCCCUCUUUCGACGGUCCCCAGACGACCCGCGAGUGGCGCGCAUGUCGUACAUACAGACCAAGCGCGGCACUCGCCUUCUCACGUCUGGCUGGUGGGGUGUGGCGCGCCACAUCAACUACUUUGGCGACUGGUUGCAAGCCUCUCCAUUCACGCUGCCCACGGGCAUCGCUGGCUACGUGGUGUUGCCUGCCGGCAGUGCCGUGGCCAACGCCGGCGCGGGAGGCUCUGCCAUGGCGGACGGCCGAGAGGUGACGCAGGGGGCGGCGCGGGGAUGGGGGAUGGUGUAUACGUACUUGUACGCGCUGUACUUUGCCGUCCUGCUUGUCCACCGCGAGCGCCGAGACGAUGCGGCAUGCGGCGACAAGUACGGCGCCGACUGGGACAAGUACAAGAAGCAGGUCAAGUGGCGGAUCGUGCCGGGCGUGUACUGA